AUGAUGAUGUCCACAGAUCCCCUACAGCUCUUGCCUCCUGAAGUCACUCUGAAAAUUUUAGAAUUUUCUCCCAUCUCAGCCAUUGGGGCUCUAAAAAGCGUUUCUAAACGUUGGCACGACUUUAUUGACGUCACACAUCAAGACGCCAUUUACAGUUCGCAAACCGCAAAACCAACUGGUCACCGCGAUAUUACCGAUCUUUCAUUCCUCAAAGACGGCAAAUCCUUUUCCCAGUAUUUUGGAGGCUUUAAUCACUUCGAGGAAAUAGAAUCAUGGAAGGAAGCAUGUAAGCGGCAGACAGUGCUCGCGUGCAACUGGGACAAAUCACACCCAAUUAGCCAAGAAUCCCUGAUUCACGCCGGGAAAGAUGUCUGGCGAUUCCAUUCUGAUUUCACACGUCGAUACUUUGUUCUUACUCAUCAUGUUGGUGGAUUGACUGUGAUCGAUAUGGACUCGUAUGAGAUCCUAUGGGAACUUCCUGAAAGGGUGACACGCCGAUAUGCACAUCUAGAGUACCAGGAUGGAAUGAUGGUCUUUGAUGGUGAGGGAGAUUCUUUGCAAGUCUGGCAGACUGAUCUGGAAAAUACAAAGCGUGGACAAUUCAAGCGAAUUGCUAUUCUAGAACACGAUCGCCAAGUUCGAGGCUUUCAACUUUCUUACUGGACGCUCUGUGUUGUGUCUUGUGAAGAGACGGGUUUUGUCUGGGACAUGACCAAAAACCCUCCCAAGUUGACCAAUCGUCUCAAGAUUGAGAAAGAUGCCGGUGGUCACUUAGACCAAUCUGAGGAUGUUGUGAUCUACGCCAUGGGAGAACGAGGUUACUAUGCUUACGACAAGACAUCUGGUGAGCUUCUCGGUGUGCUGGAUCCAUCACCGUGUACGGAUCGGUACCAUAUCCGUGCACCCCCAAUACCCAAAUACGACUUUUGUGGACCAGACGGAGACCCCUUGACUCCGAUUCGGCUUAGAAGAGGACCUCUGCCCCGGCCGAAACUCCUCGCUAGUAGAUUGGAAUUUGAAGAUUGGGGAUCGGGAAAGGUAGAUGGGGACCUUUUCGUUGGUAUCUCUCGUAAUGGAAAUGUUUUUGUGUGUUCAGAUUGGCGCAAAUCCCUUCGAGACCCUACAAGCCUCGCAGCUAACAGUUCCAUUCUUGAAUGCUACAAUGAUGGAGUGACUUUCGACAUCGGCGGCUGGCUAGCGGUGCGCAACCACCGUUUCAUGUUCGAGGCUCAGGGCCGCAUCUACGUUGUUGCGCUUGAUGACGAUAACAAGUUUCAAAAAGUCGAAUGUCCGGCUCGUGCCUCUUACUCACUCCUCCCCAGCUCUGCAAGCCAACUCAACGUACCAAUCAGCUAUAUGGAACUAUGUGACGAUGCUAUCUUUACAACUUACACUUUCAACGAGGAAGGAAGACACCGUGAAGUAUCUCCGCUGAAAUGUAUUCGCGUGGUUAAACUUGCUCAUAAUCUGCCUGGGAUUCCUGCGUCAUUCUUGCCGACCGAAUGGCGCAAUAACUUGAGCGAUAUGGCUGCAUAUCUGCGUCUCCUGGUAGCGGAUGAUCCAGAUGGUCCGGAUUCUUUGGAAAACACCUUCGAGGUCGACUUUUUUGAUGAGAAUAGUACGUGGGAGGAUUCGGAGGAUGAUGAUUAA